CAUUAUCAUCACCGUCCCAGCUUUUCACACCAUUUUUUUGCCUUACACGGCACAAGUAUUCGUCAUUGGUGGUUCGUCGUGGUCGUGGUCGAUUUUCCCAUCCGUUUUUCCUUUCGCGUGACAAACGGCGUGGAGUGUAACCGGAUUCGCUGCGUGCAUUCGGACAAGGGCCAGUGAAGAAUUGGGCAAACCCCAGCGCAGACACUUGUCCCCCCAUCGGCGUAGUUUGUGGUGCCAAGAACUCUAUACGCAUCUGUGAAGGGGCCCGGCCUGUUCGCCCGUGAACGCGCACCGUCACCAUGGAUGAGGAAUAUGACGCGAUUGUGCUGGGCACCGGCCUGAAGGAGUGCAUCCUGAGCGGUAUGCUGUCCGUGUCGGGCAAAAAGGUGCUGCACAUCGAUCGGAACAAGUACUACGGUGGGGAAUCCGCCUCGAUUACGCCCCUCGAGGACCUGUUCUCGCGCUUCGCCGUCGAGUUGCCGGGAGACAAAUAUGGCCGCGGGCGGGACUGGAACGUGGAUCUGAUCCCCAAGUUCCUGAUGGCCAACGGGCUGCUGGUGAAGCUGCUGAUACACACGGGUGUGACCCGCUACCUGGAGUUCAAGUCGGUCGAGGGCAGCUACGUAUACAAAGGGGGCAAAAUCUCCAAAGUGCCCGUCGACCAGAAGGAGGCACUGGCCUCGGAUCUGAUGGGAAUGUUCGAGAAACGUCGCUUCCGCAACUUCCUGAUCUACGUGCAGGACUUUGUUGCGGAAGAUCCGAAAACGUGGAAGGACUUCGAUCCGUCCACCAAGGACAUGCAGGCGCUGUACGAAAAAUUCGGGCUGGAGAAGAGUACCCAAGAUUUCACCGGCCACGCGUUGGCCCUGUACCGAGAUGACGACUAUCUGGCCGAGCCGGCCAUCAAAACGAUCAAUCGCAUCAAGCUGUACUCGGACUCGCUGGCACGCUACGGUAAGUCGCCGUAUCUGUAUCCGAUGUACGGCCUGGGUGAGCUGCCGCAGGGUUUCGCACGUCUGUCCGCCAUCUACGGUGGCACGUACAUGCUGGACAAGCCGAUCGACGAGAUCGUCUACGACGCGAACGGAAAAGUGGUGGGCGUUCGUUCCGGUGAAGAGGUUGCCAAAUGCAAACAGGUCUACUGUGACCCAACCUACGUUCCCGAAAAGGUACGCAUCAGCGGAAAAGUUAUUCGUUGCAUCUGUCUGCUGGACCAUCCGAUUCCGAACACGAAGGAUGCGCUCUCCACGCAGAUCAUCAUUCCACAGAAGCAGGUCGAUCGCAAGUCGGACAUUUACGUGUCGUUGAUCAGCUCGACGCACCAAGUGUCGGCCAAGGGAUGGUUCAUCGGCAUGGUGUCGACCACCGUCGAAACCGCCAACCCCGAGGCCGAGAUCAAGCCCGGGCUCGAUCUGCUCGGUCCGAUCGCACAAAAGUUCAUCUGCGUUUCGGACUACUACGAGCCGACCGACGAAGGGCUGCAGUCGCAGGUGUUCAUAUCGCAAUCGUACGACGCCACCACCCACUUCGAGACGACCUGCCUGGACGUGCUGGACAUCUUCAAGCGCGGCACCGGCGAAGACUUUGACUUUUCCAAAAUCAAGCAGGAAUUGGGCGACGAGGAGCAGUAAAUUUUGCAGCAUUACGCGCUGGCAGCGCAGUGAAACGGAGGGGCGGUGGGGGGAGACUGGACGAGGUGCAAGGUUGCCACUACUCCGCUGGACAUUUCGUCCCCAGUCCGAGUGCUUCGAUCGGGAUAUGGCGUGGGA